CAGGAAGUUAGUCCUUGCUAACCGGAAGUCGGAAAAUGAGGACACCGUGAGGCGCAGGAAUUGGCAAAGAGCAACGAGUUAAAACACAGCCUUUUACACUCGUUACAAGCCUCCCGGUAAAGGUAAUAUAAGAAAAGAGUCAGCCACCUGUAUCUGAAGAGAAGUUGGAGGAAGCCAUGUCUUCAGCGGUGGACCUCAAGACCAAGGAGGAGAAGGAUGCAGAGCUGGACAAACGAAUCGAAGCUCUGAGGAAGAAGAAUGAAGCUCUGGUCAAAAGGUACCAGGAAAUAGAGGAGGACAAGAAGAAGGCAGAGCAGGAGGGCAUUGCUGUGACCACACCUCGAAAGCCCCGUCCCCAUGAGCCAGAGACGGACAGGAGGAAGAUGGAAAAAGAGAACCUGACCGUCACAGUCGAUCUUUCUAAACCGACAGGGGAGAAGAGAGUCGUGAACGACUGGAAACCUGGAAUACCUCGUGGUCGGAAGACAUCAGAGGAGAGCGACGGCCACAAAAGGCAGAGCGACGGUCAUAGCCCAGCCAGGAGGACGGGGUCAGGACGAAUGGGUUGGGGAGGUCAGAGAGGAGGAGGAGGAGGAGGCCGUCAAGAGAGGAGAGAGUGGGAACCCAGGACGCCCAGAGAUGGAGAACCUGGGGAGUCAGGAGGACAGGGACGCAGAGGAAGAAGGAGAGGAAGAGGAGGAGAAGGGGGAGGAGUGGGGACCCCAGGUGGCAUGGACAGAAAGUCCAAGGAAUGGGAGGAGAAGAGGCGACAGAACAUUGAGAAGAUGAAUGAAGAGAUGGAGAGAAUAGCAGAGUAUGAGAGAGGACAGCGGCCGGAUGGAGACAAGCCAAUCCGUAACUUCCUGGACGACCCAAGACGCUCAGGCCCGGCGCCAGACAUAGACCGCAAGGAAGGCAGCAGGAGGCAUGUACGUAACUGGGGAGGUCUGGACUUUGACAAUGUGAAGACAGGAGCUGAACUGGAGAAAGAGUGGACCAGUCGAAGGCCUAGUUCAAAAGGCUCUGUGGACAUGACCAUGUCCAUGACGGGCAGGGAAAGAACAGAGUAUCUGCGCUGGAAGAAGGAGCGUGAGCAGAUUGACGAGGAAAGAUUAGCACGCCAUCGUAACGCCACAGGCCAAUGGAGACGGGAGUGGGACGCACAGAAGACGGAGAACAUGUUCAAGGAGGAUCCGUAUGUGGCGGCAGAGGGCGUCACGUCUGAACCGGGCAGCAGGAGAGCCCGGGGGCGUAAUGCUCGUACAGAGCCUCGGGGCAGGGCUUCAGACGACAGUAAGCGGCCUCCUAAAACGCCGACAUUUGGCGACUUCCUGUCCCAGGGGCCCCGAGGGGAGCGGGGCAGAGGACAGAAACAGAGCUACAGCAUGCAUGACAACCGCUGGGAAGGAGAGAAAGAAGAGCAGGAGAAGGAGGACAAGACAAAGACAGAGGAGAAGACUAAGAAGAAGGAGGAAAAAGCCAAACCUCCUGCAGCACAGAAGGUGGAGGAGAAGAAUGAAGGUGGAGGGGAUGAUGAUGAUGAAUGGGAGGAUGCCAGUGAUGGAGAAGGUGACGAGGAAGCAGUGGAGGAAGGGGGCGAACCAGAACCAGACUCCAGGGCCAGUGAGAAGGAAGACGUUGAGAAAGAGAAACCACCCAAGAGCAAAGACGCCUCCCCUACAUCUCCCAUGCCUCGCUCUCGUCCAUCAUCGGCAGGAAGCCCCAAAGAGCAGCGGACUCCCAGGCCAAAGGUCCACAUACCCCCCCCUGCAGCAGCUCAGGAGUCACCAGAGGGAGGCAAACCCGUCAGCCCCUUCUCCCCGCUGGAUGGCCACCAACCUGUGUCAGACUGGGGGGAGGAGAUGGAGAUGCAGUCGCCCCGGAGCACCAUGGGAAGGGUGAGCCCACUAAAACCCCCCAGCCCCGAGCCCAGCCCCCCAGCCCCUCCCAGAAGACGGACCACAGAUGCAUCCUCUCCUCCAGAAAAGGCUGAAGCCCAGCAAACUGCGGCAGUGUCAGAACCAGAGUCCAUCCCCACGGACUCGCCUGCUGCCCCGCCAUCUGACCACACCCUGUCUGAGGCUCCUGAUGCUGCCCCCUCUGCUACGUGUGUCCCAGCCCCAUCUGAGGGCAGUGAAGCCGCUGAGACGAUGGAUGAGGAUACACCUGCUGCUCCAUCCCAAGAUGAGUUGGGCACCCCUCCCUCUCCCACCGUCCUGGAGGUUGACCAGAGCCCUUCUGAACCGGCAGGAGUGAAAGAUGGCGACACGGCGCCUGCUGGGAGCAGCGUUGCUCCGACAGCCGACAUAGUGGAGUCCUCAGAGCAGCCGUCCUCAGGCGCAGCCCUCAGUGACUUGGAGACAGAGGCUUGCUGUAAGGAAUCCCCUGUCCACUUCUAA